AUGACGUCGCUCAAAGAGCGAGAAGGGAAAAGAGAUGAACCCGUGGCAACCAAAACCAGGCUCGGAUGGGUACUUAGUGGGAACUCCCGAACAUCCAGCGACACGAUUCCUAAUCGCUUGUUUCAUGUAUGCUCCCAGUCUACGGAUCAAGAACUUCACGAACUGGUCAAGAAAUUUUUCAGCGUAGAAAGUACCGGUGUUAUGUUGCCGAGUGCGUUAGAUUCCGCUGAAGACAGACGUGCAAAACAAAUUAUGGAAGCGACGACAACUCGUAUACCAGGAGUUGUUAUUAACCCUAAAAAACCGGAAAAGGUACGAGUAGUGUGGGACGCUGCCGCUACUGUGCAAGGAAUCUCCCUGAACUCUGUUCUACUCAAAGGACCGGAUCUGCUCACUCCAUUGUCAUCUGUGCUCAGUCGGUAUCGUCAGAAACAAGUUGCUGUUAGUGGAGACGUGCGGGAAAUGUUCCACCAAGUGUUCAUACGACCGGAAGACCGCCAAGCUCAGCGUUUUUUAUGGAGGGAUCAUCCGGAGCUGCCGAUUCAAGUGUACAUCAUGGAUGUAGCUACAUUUGGCGCCACGUGUUCUCCGUGUUCGCUACAAUAUAUAAAAAAUAAGAAUGCAGAUGAGCAAGCAAUCGAAUUUCCGGUAGCAUGUGAAGCAGUUAUGAAAAACCACUACGUUGAUGACUACCUGGACAGCGUAGAUACGGUCGACGAAGCAGUGCAACUGGUAAACGACGUAAGCAUUGUUCACGCUCGAGGAGGUUUCGAAAUCAGAAAUUGGCUGUCGAGUUCAUCGGAAGUGCUGAGACGAAUAGGAGAGCAUGAUUCAACGACGGCGAAGAGCUUUGGAAUGGAUAAAAGUAAUAAAGUAGAGCGAGUGUUGGGAAUGACUUGGUUACCGAAAGACGACGUAUUCUCAUAUUCGAUCGGGCUCCGAGAUGAUUUGCGUUCACUGCUGAGCGGAGAAGUUGUUCCAACCAAACGAGAAGCGUUGAGUUUGGUCAUGAGCGUCUUCGAUCCAUUAGGAUUCGUAGCGGCUUUGCUUAUUCAUGGAAAAGUACUUUUGCAGGAUGUGUGGAGAUCAGCGAUUGGUUGGGAUGAUCAGAUUCCAACGGAUAUAUUCCCUCGUUGGCGCCUGUGGGUUCAACUGCUACGCCAACUUGAAAAUGUUAGAAUCCCUCGUUGUUAUUUCCCUGGAUAUGGAUCGCACGCAUAUGAUAGUCUCGAACUGCAUAUCUUCGUUGAUGCGAGCGAAUCAGCGUACGCUGCUGUUGCGUACUUUCGCAUAGUAGAUGAUGGAGCUGUGAGGUGUAGUCUCGUUGCUGCUAAGACCAAAGUAGCUCCUAUAAAACCGCUUUCUAUACCUCGAUUAGAGCUUCAAGCAGCUGUCCUGGGAACACGACUAAUGAAGACUGUCAUUUCCGAUCAUACAAUAAAAAUAACGCGAAAAGUUCUAUGGAGCGACUCCAGCACGGUGCUGUCUUGGCUACGGUCAGAUCUUCGACGACGCACACAGUUUGUAGCAUUCAGGGUCGGCGAGAUUUUGGAAGCAACCGACGUUGAUGACUGGAGAUGGGUACCGUCGAAGUUGAAUGUGGCUGACGACGCCACUAAAUGGACCAAAGAAACAACCAUGCUGGAUUACAGCAGAUGGUUCAAUGGUCCGGAUUUUAUUUACGAAAAGAUGGAUUGCUGGCCACAAUAUAAACAACCACAAACUGAAACCUCAGAAGAAAUGCGAUCAAUACAUGUUCUCUCACACAGCGUCACGAAGCAAAUUGUAGAUUUCCAACGGUUCUCAAAGUUCGAACGAUUAAUACGUUCAGUCGCCUUCAUGAAUCGUUUCUACAAUAACUGUAAAAGGAAAUUGCUACAUGAAUCAGUUCCCAUCACCGAGGUUCUCUCAAGCGAAGAACUAAAGCUGGCUGAAUUUACCAUAUGGAAACUUGUCCAAUUGGAUGAGUAUGCUGAGGAGUUUGCAAUACUGCAGCGUAACAAAUUACUUCCACCAAACCAACAAGAGCCGAUUAAGAAAAGUAGCAAAAUUUACAAACUUUCACCAUCAAUUGGCGUAGGAGGAAUCAUCCGCAUGGAAAGACGUAUGCGCGAGGCGAAGUGGGCAUCAGAGGACAUGAAAUCUCCUAUCAUAGCACCUAAGAAGAGUUACGUCACUCAUCUUCUAAUUGAUUGGUACCACCGUAGAUUUCAUCACGCAAAUGGUGAAACUGUGGUGAACGAAAUAAUUCAGAAAUACUACAUUUCUGCACUACGAGUUGCCGUUCGAAUUGUAUGUAAACGUUGUAACUGGUGCAAAGUAUACAAGUCCAAACCACAGACACCACGGAUGGGUCCGCUUCCGGCUGUACGGGUAACGCCUUAUGUACGCCCAUUUUCAUUUGUAGGAUUAGACUAUUUUGGACCUCUCACUGUUCGGAUCGGGCGCAGCAAUGCAAAACGAUGGGUGGCGCUCUUCACCUGUUUGACAGUGCGAGCUGUCCACUUGGAAGUAGCCUACAAUCUAAGUACCGAAUCUUGCAAGAUGGCUAUUCGUAGAUUCAUAGCACGUCGUGGCGCACCGUUGGAGAUAUACUCCGAUCAAGGAACCAACUUUCAAGGAGCGAAUCGAGAGCUCAAAACGGAGAUUGAAGCAAUCAAUAGUUCAUUAGCCGGAACUUUCACGAACGCGGCAACUCAAUGGAAGUUUAAUCCACCGUACGCUCCCCAUAUGGGUGGGGUGUGGGAGCGCCUCGUACGUUCUGUCAAAGUCGCUCUUGCUUAUCUUCCCGUCGCUCGAAAUCCGGAUGAAGAGAUUCUAUCUACUGUAUUAAUUGAAAUAGAAGCGAUGGUGAACACACGCCCGUUGACCUACAUUCCGUUGGACAACGCAACUGAAGAAGCACUCACGCCAAACCACUUUUUGCUACUCAGUUCUAGUGGUGUUGGACAACCUGCUAAGUUACCAGUGGACCCUCGUACGAUAAUGCGAUCGAGUUGGAACCUCGCUCAAGUGAUGUUAGACCGCUUCUGGACUCGUUGGAUCCAUGAGUAUUUACCGGUUAUUACAAGGCAAACGAAGUGGUUCGGGGAAGCGAGACAGUUGCACGUAGGCGACUUGGUGUUUAUUGUAAAUGAGAACAUUAGGAACAGCUGGACUAGGGGUAAAAUUCUGCAAGUGUAUCCUGGAGCAGAUGGCCGAGUACGUAAAGCUGAUGUUCUCACUUCAACUGGGAUUCGUCAACGACCGGCCACGAUGCUCGCUGCCCUGGACGUACGUGAGUCUAAUGUUGGUAUAGCUGAAGAGACUACAAGCAAUACGGGUGGGGGCCUGUUGGCAACACAGAUCAGCGAUCAUGCUGCGUCAAAGAGAAGACACGAUAAGCCCCUUCGAAAUGUCGGUACAGGUAGAAAUGUCAAAUAA